AAGAGGCCUCUCUCUGCCCCCUACCUCCCUCCCAUUCUUUCUUUGUUUCUUUUUCUUUUUUCUCUUUCUUUCCUUCUUCCCAUCCUGAUCUGGAGCAAUGGCGACCGAAGACGAAGCACGAGAGGCGGCAGAUGGGGAGGAAGUUCAAGUGGAAAACGGGCAUCUAAGAACAACCCAUUUGCAAAUGAACCUAGACAGCAAGCUUUCACCUCAUGGGGAGAUGAAGGGCGAGGCAACAGCCAGUGCAAUGGAUUUAACUGAAGGAAUGAAGGUUUCAGAGGAUCAAAUUUUAGAAAGAGCACCCUCUGCAAUCGAAAUUCCUCAAGAAGAUACUCCAAAUGGUACACAUUCUUCUCUGAAUGACCAGAUGAAAGAAGGGAAGAUCUCGAAUGAGAAGCCACAAGAAAAUGGUCAGAAAGGUAAUGAGCAGGUAGAAGCUUCACCAGAUGGAAUAAGCACCGAGCAGAGCAGCGCAAGUAAUGGCAAAGAGGCAAUUGACUCUUUAGGCCAUGUUGAGAACACUGCAGAAGAUACCAGCGGCCUUCUAAAACAUGACAAUGAAGAGCCAAAGGAACAUUGUCAAGAUGUAGAAGGUGAUGCAAUGGAGGACAAAAUGGUGCACGAGGACAGACUGCAGCCUGACAAUGAUGUUGAGCCAACAAUUGAUGCUCAACAAGGCCACAAUCUUGAACCAGCAGAAGUAACUGAGGACACACAACCUGCAACCAUGCCAUCUAUUCCUGGUGAAGAGGUUGUAGCUGAAGCACCUGCUGGAGCCCAAACUUCUCAGGAGGCUAAUGUGGAUGAACCUGAUGCCCUUCCGGAUACUAGUGAUGGAAACACAAAAACAGUUGAACCAGCCAAAGUGGAUAAAGAGAACUGUCCAGAAGAUGAAGAUAUUGAGGUUGUCAAACUAGAAGAUCAGCCGAGUGCUAAAACUGAUGAUGUGGAUGCAGACUUGGUGCAGGAAGAGGUGCCUAAAAGCAAGAAAACAGAUGUACCCGAAGAUAUGCCUAAAACUGAGCAAGCUGAUGAGUCAACAAAUGGUGAUCAAGAAGUGCUGGAUCAAGAAUCACCAAAAGAAACCAGUGACCCUCUGCAUGAAAAAACUGAAGAAACUUCUCAUGAGAGCAAUGUGUCCACAUCUGAGGAGAUAACUCCAGAACACGAUGCAAUGACAAGGGAGCCAGCUCUCGAUGUUGAAGAAGUGCAAGAGCAGGGACUAGCAGAAGAAACUGCAGAUGCCAAAGAAGUUGAUACUGAGAAAACAGUUCAACAAAGUGGUAUUGCUUUUGAGGAGGCAACUCCAGAAGAUAAUGCAACAAUCACUGAACCAAGUUCUGAGAUCCAACAUUUAAAUAAUGUGGAACCAGAGGAAAUAAAGAGUCUUGAAGAUGCCAAAGCUGAAGAAACCUCCGAUCAAAGCAAUGUGACAAUUGCUGAAGAUGGAACCCAAGAUAAGGAAGCAACAGAAGAUAUACAACCAGUGCAAGGGUUGGAAGAGGAAGAACCUAAGAACACUGGAACUGUAGAAAUAGAUGAAGCUUCCAAUCAACCACAUGCUGAUGUCAUCAAUAACUGUGCUGAAGAAGACGAUGUACUAGCAUGUCAGCCCCAGGUGAUAGAAUUAAAAGAGGUGAAGGACACUGGAGCCAUUGAAACUCAGGAAAUCACUCAACAAAGUCAUGCUGCUGCUUCAGAAGAACUAGUAACAGAAGAUAAUUCUAUGGCAAUUGAACCAUUGAAUGAUGAUAUCCAGCAAACCCUGGAACAAGGAUCGGCUGAAGUUAAGCACGCAGAAGUUUCUGAGACUCAAGAAAUCUGCCAUGGAAGAACUAUUUCUGCUCCUGAGGAGGACUCUGUAGAAGAUGAUGUAACAGCAGAAGGACCAACCUGUGAUGCCAAAGAGGUAGAAAAUGUAGCAUCAGUAGAAGAAAUCAAGGACAACACAGCUCAGAAUAUCAUCGAAACCUCUAGUGUGGCAACUGUUGAAGAAGCAGAUCAAGAAAACAAUGUGCUGCCAACUGAGGAUGUGUCUGAACAGCAAAUGCGGGGGCUUGAAACAGAAGAAAUACAGAACACUGAACCUGUUGAUACUGAAGAAGCUUCUGAUCAAUGGCAUCCUGCUCUCUUGAAUGACCCAGCUCAAGGAGAUAGUAUACCAGGUGAUGUGCCAAAGACUGGAUCAACAGCAGACGUGAAGGAAACUGAAGCACUCCCCCAGGAAAGUAAUGUUUCCAUUUGUGAGGAGCCAGCUUCAGAAGAAAAUAUAACAGCAAAUGAAGUAACUUGUGAUGAUCAAGAAGGGAAUUUGGAACAAGCAGAAGCUGUUGAGAGUAACAAAGAUACCAGAAUAAAAGAAAUCUCUGACCAAAGCAAUGAGGUUUUUGCCAGGGAGGCAGCUCAAGGAACCAGUGACCUUGCAAGAGAGCCAGCUGCUGAUAUGCAAUCAGUGCAGGAGCUACAGUCAGAAAAGAAGAAUGCCGAGCUUACUGAAGUGAGUGAAGCAUGUGGUCAAAUGGAUGCUGCUGUCAUUGAGAACCCAACUCAUGAAGAUAACCUAACCACAAGUGAGUCGCUUGUGAUGGAAUCAGCAGAAGUGAGCAGCAAUGAAGCCACUGAAGGUCAAGAAAUGACUCAAAGUGAUACUACUCAGUCGGAAGAUCACAAAACAGAAGAAAAUAUCGCAGUGAAUGAACCACAGAUCCUGGAACCAGAACCUGCUGAAGAAAUGAGAGAUAGUGAAGCCACUGAACCUCGAGCUAUCUCGCAAGAAAGCAUGUCUGUUCCAGAAGAAUAUGUAACAGCAAAAGAAGCAGCUUCUGAUAUUAAAGAAGUACACGCCGAAGAGCUGAUAGAGAAACCUGAUGAUGUGAAAGCUGAAGAAAUAUCCAACCAAAGCAGUGGGGCCAUUGUUGGAGAAACGGCUCAAGAACACAAGUUAUUAUCAAGUGACCCAACUAAUGAUGUACAAGCAAAGGAGCUCGAAUCACAAAAAAUUGGUAAUAGUGAGGAUGUUCAAACUGAAGAAGCUUCCCAUCAAACACAUGCUGAAGAAAAUUUGACAGAAAAUGAGCCACAAAUAGCAACAGAAGAUAACACAGCAAUCCUGACAGAUGUUAGCAUUCAGCAGCUUCAAGAGCAAGAACCGGUUGAAUUCAGGGACACUGAAGCUACUGAACCUCAAGGGAUCUCCCCAUCUCACACUGCCUUUAGUUCUGAGCAGUCCACACUAGAAGAUAACGAGAUGACAGAACCAAGUCCUGCCACUCAAGCAGAGAAUUUAGAAUCAGCAAUAGUGACGGAGGAAAGUAAAGAAGUGAAAAGCACUGAUGCAAUUGCUGAGGAGGAAACUCCCAAAGAACACGUACAGGAAUCUGAGGCACAUGUUGAUAUACCACUAGUGGAGAAUACUGAGCCUGUUGACGUGCAUGAAAAUGUAACGACAAAUGAUCUGCCAGCAGAAGAGGUGAAGGAGAAUGAAGCCAUCGAGGUUGCAGAAAUCUACUAUGAGAGCCCUGUUGCAAAUAUUGGUGAUCUCACUGAAGAUGCCAAAAGCAACGUUGCCCUUGAAGAUGAGGCAGCUCCUGAUGAAGAUGCAAAAGCAACAGAGGCAACUGCUGCUAUACCACAACCACAAGAGCCAGAAUUAGAAGAGAACAAGAAUAGUGAACCCGUUGAAGUGGAAGAUAAUAUAACAGCAAGGGACCUGCCAGCAGAAGAGAUCAAGGAUACUGAAGCCAUGGAAACUGAGAUGAUCCCUCAUGAGAGUACUGGUGGAAACAUCAGCGAGCUCAUCAAUGAUGUGAAAAGCAAUAUUGCUCUUGCAGAUGAGGCAGCUCCUGAUGAACAUGCAAAAGCAACAGAAGCAACUGGUGCUAUACCACAACCGCAAGAGCCAAACCUAGAAGAGAUCAAGAAUAGUGAACCUGCUGAAGUGGAAGGGAACACAUCAGCAAGUGAUCUGCCAGCGAAAAAUGUGAAGGAUACUGACACCGUGGAAACAGAAGCAAUCAACGACAGCACUGAUGCAAACAACAGUGAGCUCACUGAAGAUGUGCAAAGCAAUGUUUCUCUUACAGACGAGGCAGCUCAUGAUGAACAUGUAACAGUAGCUGAGAGAACAGUUGAUGUACCACAAGCACAAGAGCCGAAACUAGAAGAGGUCAAGAAUACUGAACCUGUUGAGGUGGAAGAAACUAGAUCAGCAAGCGACCUGCCUGCAGAAGAGAUGGGGGAAACUGAAGCAAACAAUGAGAGCAGUGACGCAAACAUUAGCGAUCUCAUUGAAGAUGUGCAAAACAAUGUUGCCCUUACAGAGGAGGUAGCUCCUGAAGAGCAUGUAAUGGCACCUGAGGCAACAGUUGAUAUACCAGAAGCACAAGAGCCAGAACUAGAAGAGACCAAGAAUACUGAACCUGCUGAAGUGGCAGAAAACAUAUCAGCAAAUGAUCUGCCAGCAGAAGAGGUGAAGGAUACUGAAGCCAUGGAGACUGAAACAAUCAACGAGAGCACUAACACAAACAACAGUGAGCUCACUGAAGAUGUGAAAAACAUUGUUGCUCUUGCAGACGAAGCAGCUCCUGAAGAACAUGUAACAGUAGCUGAUGAUACAGUUGAUAUACCACAUGCACAAGAGCCAGAAGUAGAAGAGAUCAAGAAUACUGAACCUGUUGAGGUGGAAGAAAACAUAUCAGCGAGUGACCUGCCGGCAGAAGAGGUGAACGGCAAUGAAGCCAAGGAAACUGAAGCAACCAAUGGGAGCACUGAUGCAAACUUCAGUGAGAUCGCUGAGGAUGUGGAAAGUAACGUUGCUCUUGCAGACGAGGCUGCUCCUGAAGAACAUGUAAUAGCAACUGAGGCAACAGUUGAUAUAGCACAAGCACAAGAGCCGGAACUAGAAGAGAUCAAGAAUAUUGAACCUGUUGAAGUGAAAGAAAACAUAUCAGCUAGUGACAUGCCGGCAGAAGAGAUGAAGGACACUGAAGCCAAGGAAACUGAAGCAUUCAACGAGAGCAUUGAUGCAAACAUCAGUAAGCUUACUGAGGAUGUGAAAAGCAAUCUCGUGUGUGCAGACGAGGCAGCUCCUGAAGAACAUGUAAUAGCAACUGCCGCAACAGUUGAUAUACCACGAACACAAGAGCCAGAACUAGAAGAGACCAAGAACACUGAACCUGCUGAAGUGGAAGCAUAUGUAUCAGAAAAUGAUCUGCCAGCAGAAGAGGUGAAAGAUAGUGAAGCCGUGGAGACUGAAGCAAUCAACGAGAGCACUGAUGCAAACAACAAUGAGCUUACUGAAGAUGUGAAAAGCAAUGUUGCUCUUGCAGACGAGGCAGCUCCUGAAGAACAUGUAACGGUAGCUGAUAAUACAGUCGAUAUACCACAAGCACAAGAGCCAGAAGUAGAAGAGAUCCAGAAUACUAGACCUGUUAAGGUGGAAGAAAACAUACCAGCAAGUGACCUGCCAGCAGAAAAGGUGAAGGACACUGAAGCAAUCAAUGAGAGCACUGAUGCAAGCAUUAGUGAGCUCACUGAGGAUAUGAAAAGCAAUGUUACUCCUGCAGAAGAGGCAGCUCCUGAAGAACAUGUAAUAGCAGCUGAGGCAACGGUUGAUAUACCACAAGCACAAGCGCCGGAACUAAAGGAUCUUGAGAAUGUUGAACCUGUUGAGGUGGAGGAGAACAGAUCAGCAGGUAACUUGCCAGCAGAAGAGGUGAAGGAAACUGAAGCAAUCAACGAGAGCAUUGAUGCAAACAUCAGCGAGCUCAUUGAGGAUGUGACAAGCAGUGUCAAUCCUGCAGACGAGGCAGCUCAUGAAGAGCAUAUAAUAGCAACUGAGGGAACAGUUAAUAUUCCACGAGCACAAGAACCAGAACUAGAAGAGAUCGAGAAUACUGAACCUGUUGAGGUGGAAGAAAACACAUCAGCGAGUGACAUACCGGCAGAAGAGGUGAAGGACACUGAAGCAAUCAAUGAGAGCACUGAUGCAAACAUCAGUGAGCUUACUGAAGAUAUGAAAUGCAACAUUGCUCUUACAGAUGAGGCAGCUCAUAAAGAACAUGUAACAGUAGCUGAGACAACAGUCGAUAUACCACAUGCACAAGAGCCAGAGCUAGAAGAGAUCAAGAAUACUGAAGCAGGUGACCUGCCAGAAGAAGAGGUGAAGGAAACUGAAGCAAUCAGCAAAAGGACUGAUGCAAACAUCAGUGAGCUCAAUGAGGAUGUGAAAAGCAACGUUGUGCCUGCAGACGAGGAACCUCAUGCAGAGCAUGUAACAGUAGCUGAGACAACAUUUGAUAUACCACAGGCACAGGAGCCGGAACUAGAAGAGAUCAAGAGUGUUGAACCAGUUGAGGUGGAAGAAAAUAGAUCAGCAAGUGGCCUGCAAGCAGAAGUGGUGAAGGAAACUGAAGCAAUCAACAAGAGCCCUGAUGCAAACAUCAGCGAACUCACUGAGGAUGUGACAAGCAAUGUUGCUCCUGCAGAUGAGGCUGCUCCUGAAGAGCAUGUAAUAGCAACUGAGGCACCAGUUGAUAUCCCACGAGCACAAGAGCUAGACCUAGAAGAAAUCAAGAAUACUGAACCUAUUGAAGUGGAAGAAAACAUAUCAGCAAAUGAGCUGUCGGCAGAAGAGGUGAAGGAGACUGAAGCCAAGAAAACUGAAGCAAUCAACGAGAUCGCUGAUGUAAACAUCAGUGAGCUCACCGAGGAUGUAAGAGGCAAUGUUGCUCAUGCAGAUGAGGCAGCUCCUGAAGAACAUGUAAUGGCAGCUGAGGCAACAGAUGAUAUACCAGAAGCACAAGUGUCAGAACUACAAGAGCUCGAGAAUGCUGAACCUGUUGAGAUGGAAGAAAACAAAUCAGCACCUGACCUACCAGCAGAAGAAGUGAAGGGCACUGGAACCAUGGAAAUUGAAGCAGUCAAGAAGAGCACUGAUGCAAACAUCAGCGAGCUCACUGAAGAUGUUGGUCUUGCGGACAAGAUAGCUCCUGAUGUACAAGUCGAUAUACCAACAACACAGGAAACAGCACUAGAAGAGAUCAAGAAUACUGAACCUGUUGAAGCGGAAGAUAGUAUAUCAGCGGUUAAUGUCCCAGCAGAAGAGAUAAAUGACACUGAAGACAUGCAGACUGGAGAAAUCCCUCGUGAGAGUACAGAUGAUGAUUUGACAGCAAGUGCACCACUUCUUGAUAUUCAGCAAGUCCCGGAACAAGAAGCGCUUGAAGAGAAGACGUGCACUGACACCACAGAAAACCAAGGGGAACCCCAACAAAGCAUUGAUCCUACUUCUGCUGAGCUUACUCCAACAGAAGAAGAAACAACGGUAGUGGAGCAUACUCAAGAUACACAUGUACAGAACGCCAGCAGUGAACCAGGAAGUGACCCAAAUUUGCUUGUCCAAUCAGCACAUCAAUCAGAAUUGGCUGAAGACAGCAAGGGUCAACUAGUAAAGGCAGAAGAAACAGGCCAAAGUAAUGGUGCCACCCUUGGAGAACCAACUGCAGAAGAUAAUGCUGCAAAUGAAAUCAACCAGCUUGCUGAUUCUAAACAAGAGCAUGAAGGUGAAGAAAACAAAUGUAUUGAUGCAACUGAAGGUGAAGAAGCCUCCCAUCCAUGCCAAGAUCCUGGGUUAGAGGAGCCAGUUUCAGAAAGUGAUAUAGCAACAGUUGAGCUAACUUCUGAUAUUCAGCAAGUAAAUGGCAUGGAUGAAUUGGAACAAAUGACGGCCACUGAAGGCAUCAAUGAUGAAGAAAUUUCCACUCAAAAAACAGAAGUUGCUACUUUGGAGGAUCCAUCUCCAACAGAUCAUGGAACCGAGCCAGAACAAAAUCCUGUGGAGUUAGACAAAGAAAACUUGGGUAAUAAAAUUAGCAACACAAUCUUGGCAGAUGAAAACAUCAAAGAGGAAGUACAAGAGCCAAUAGAACAAAAGGACGAAUCAUCUGACUUGGGUGAAAAAACUGCUUUUACAACUCAGAAAGAUGAGAGCGCUACUGAGGAGGAUGUUGUACAAAUAUCUGGUGAAGAUACAGCAGGGACUUCAAACAAUAUUGAGCAAAUCAAAGAACAGCCAAAAUCUGUAACUGAACACGAUGCAAUAAAAAGUGGUGACCAUACCAAUGAUCAAGAUGACGAGCAACUUCACAAUGUGAAGCUUCAAAUGCAAGUUUGUGAGCGGUCAGUGGAUGUUUUAACCACUGAGCAGCCAGAUGAGCACGUACAAAAGGUUAACUUGGAUCAGCAGCAGAAAGAAGAUGAGGCGAUUGAAAAGCAAAAGGAAGAAAUACAGACAGAUGAGCAGAAACAUGAUGACAGUAGGGCUGAUUUCACCACAGAAACAAUAUUGGAGCCCCAGAGCAAUGAAAAUGACACAACAAAAGGGAAAGACGAUGCUGAUGUGUUUGAGGCUGAACAAACAGAGACAGUGGCUACUGAAAUGCUCAAGAAUGAACAAACCCUACAUAUACCCCAACAAUCCAUUCCAAGCGUUACAGAUGCGAAGGUUGAGAAUUCCAUGGUUGAGAACUCCACGGAAAUAGAAGAAACAACUGAACAAGAAGAUGCACCCAACAACACUGGCACUUUACAUAAUGAUGCUGAUGCUGAAAAAUGUAAGGAAGAUGAGAAGGAGAAUACAGAAAUGGAUGCAGCAGCAGCAAAAAUUUCUACUGACAAACAUGAUGGAACAACUGAUGAAACUAUAAAUGAAGAGGUUAAAAAUGAUUUGGGAUCACCCAUCGAGAAGGAUCUUCAGAAAACAUCUGACCUAGCUCCUUCAAAUGAAGAAAUGCAAGAGAAUGAUCCUACAGCUGUUCCUCAGAAUAUUGAGUCCAGAGUGCACUCAGAAGAGGAAGAAUGCAUAAACAAGCCCAAUGAUGGUAUGCAGGUCCCUCAAGCAUUAGAAGAAGAGAUCGUUGAUGAGGUGGAAAAGAAGGAAGAAAUACAAAAUGAAGACACCGAUGUUAAUCAUGACAAAACUGAGACCAAACCUGUAGAUGAAGAGGCGUCUGGACUGCAUUCCAGUAACAGCACAGAUACUAAAAUGGAUGAUACCAUGAGCCCAAGUGCAGAAAUGAUACAUGGAAGGAUCGAUAAACAGCCCACAGAAAUUGAAGAGGUGGAGGAAAACAAGGGAUUCAGUUCCAUUUCAGAAUAUGUGGUGGAAAAUCCUAAACAGAAUGAUGUUGAGCAGGACUUGAGCACUCAUCCAAAGGUUGUAGAUGACAAGUUGGCAACAAAGCAGAAUGGUGGAGAAGUUGAAACUGACUCGAAUGAGGAAAUAGCGACUGGCUAUACAGCAUCCACUGAAUCAAUCAAACUCGGUGAAGCUAUCUAUGAUAAGGCUAGUAGAGCUGAUGGGGCACUAUCUGAUGAAAAUCUCGAGACCAUCGAGGAGAACGGAAGGAAUCUUGAGGCUUCACCUGCAGUUACAGCAACAGGAGAAAGUAUAAACGAAGACAAUGAACAUCAUAAGUUUGAUCUUCGUGCACACUCCGCCGUGGACAGAAAUGAAACUGAACAGGCAUCUGAGUUAGAGGUGACAGAAAGAGAGUUGUUUCUAGAGAAGCCACUCCCCACCGAAUCAGAAGAGCAAGAAGAGAAUCAAAUAACCAAAGAACAAGGUGAAGAGAACAUACAAGAGCAAGAAACUGGUGACACGGAGAAAGAAGAAAACGAAGCUGAACAAAGUGAUUUGCCUGUCUCCCAUUUUCUGAUGAACCUGAUAAUGGGAAAAGAGAGCAAUGAGCCAGAUGGAAAUUCAGAAUUUGAAGCUGAAAAGAAGCAAGAAGAAACCACAAAAGAUGACAGUUCUUUGAUCACCUCGGAGCAGGAAGAAAGCUUGGUGCCAAUUCCUACAGAAAAUAUGGUGGAAAAGGAACUCAUUUCUGAAAAAGGAAAACAUAAUUUAGAAGGCUCUGAAGAAACACAUGAUAUCAAGCUGGAAAAGGAUGAGGAACUCAAUAGGAACACUCAUGAUUUGGAAGCACCAGUAUGCCAAAACAGUGUCCAAGGUGAAACUUCCAGUGAACUGGUGGUACCUGGUGGAUCUGGCCUGAUUACAGAAAUGGAAACAAGAGAUAUCAAGCUGGGUGAAAAGGCAACCAAUUCUGUUUGUCAGGAACAUAUGGAAGCGACAACACAGAUUGAGGAAGGAAGCUUGAAGAGCAACCUUGAUGACAUAACAAGCCCAAAGGUUUCUCAAGAGGAGGCAUUAGAGGAAGGAAGAACAGACCUUCACCACAAGCAUUUACCUGAAAAUAGAAGUUCUGAUGCAGUAUCCGGGCAAACACUCUUGUCGACAGAACCAAAUAUGGGUGAUGAAAAGGAUUUUCCUAAUAACACUGAUGAUCUUCAAAGUCCUCUGAGCACAAAAAGAGAAGAGUCCAAUGAAUCUUCCAUCAUUGAGGGCGAAAGUACUGUAGAGGCAGAACUGGAGAAUGGAGUAGACAAGGAAGAAGAGAAUCAGCAGAUAACUACCACAGGUGGAGCUACAGAAGAACAGAUAGAAAAUAUGCAUGAUAUCUCGCACAAAGGUGCAGAAGCAAUAUCUGAUGAGCAGAAAGGUGAAAUUACUGAACCAGUUAUGGGCAAUGAGAUAAAUUUGGUUCAGGAAAAGGAGAUUUCUGCAGUCUCAGAGUGCAAGGAUGAAAAACAAAGCUAUAAGUUCUCAAACAGUGACCUAGACAACUCUGAGAAAGCUUUGGAAAUUCAGUUAGAUGGUUCCAGCUUACAUAUAGACCAAGAUAAGCAAGAUGAAUCUGCAGGCGACCAAAUUGUGAUGGAGAAGAACAACCUGCUAGAUAAGUCAGGAGAAUCUAAUUUGCAGAUGGAGCAGGAAACGGAAGUUGCACAAAAAUCUCCUAAAGAAUCUGAUGAAGGUGAUCAGAAUUAUUUGGCCAUAAGAGAGCCUGUGAUCAAAGAAGUGAAUGUAAACGAAACUGUUGAUAGCCAUGUGCAAACAGUGAACGCACAAUCAAAUGAAGAGCAAGAAACAUUUAAUUCACAGGUUCAGAAACGUGAUCUCGAUGUGGCUUCACCAGAAGAAGCUCCUGAGGUUGAAGAAAAUUUUGUGCAGUCAAAGCCAGAAUUCAGCAUAAUUGAAGAACAAAGUCCAAAGAAAGAUGAAUCAAAUAUGGCAGGAGAGAAAACUUCUGAUGAGAAGACAAAGGAUGUACAGGAAGCUAAGAGUUUCACUGAUGAAGCGAAAGCCAAAAUUGAAGAACAAGGAGCAGUACAAAAGGCAUCACACAAUCAGAAACAUAAUCUCGAUGUGAUUUCACCAACAGAAGCUCCUGAGAGUGAAGAAAAUUCUGUGGAUAUAAAAGAGCCAGAGUUCAGCACAGAUGAAGAACAAAGUCCAAAGAAAGAUGUAUCAAACAUUGCAGAAGAGAAGAGUUAUGACAAAAAGACAAAUGGUGACGAGGAAGCUAAGAAUUUCGCUGAUGACACACCAAUGAAAAUUGAAGAACGGGAGGCAGGGCAGAAGUCAUCGCCUAAAAAGCAUAAUAUCUUAUCUGGUGUCGGAUCAAAGGUAAAGCACCAACUAGCAAAAGUGAAGAAAGCUAUCAUAGGCAAGCCUGGACACACAAAAUCUGAAUUACCAAAAGCUUGAUACUGCAUUCACCUUAGAGUGUGUAUAUUUUUGUUGCUAUUUGUACAUUUGUAUGCUAUUUACUUGAGGUGUAGUAUAGUGUGUUGGUACUAGUAAACAUCAAGGUUUCGCUAUCGCCAUUGCAUUGAAAUGUUGUGUGACUGAAGAACGAUUUGUAAAUACAGAUAGUGUGUAAAUCAAGGUUUGAUAAUUGUUUGAGUUUGGGGCA